AUGAACGGCGUCAUUGAGGCGCUGCACAUCUACGAUGAGCGCCACAGCCCCAUCCUCUCCCAUACCUACACCUCUCGACCACUCUCCGCAACACAUCUCUUACCUCUCUACCUCGCGCACCCAGCACCAAGGCCGUCCUUGAUCUUCCUACCCAACACGAAUCCGCCGACACUCGUAUUCAGUCUCAUCCACAGCAACCUUCUUCUUCUGCUCACUACGUCAUCCGAGGUCGAGCCCCUCCUAGCGCUCGAGUUCCUACACCGCGUAGUCGAUGUCCUCGAGGAGUUCCUCGGCGCGCCCCUGCUAGCACACCGCAUCGAGUCCAGCUACGAUGUCGUAGCACAGCUGCUCACGGAGCUCUGCGACGCAGGGACCGUCUCGACCACGGAGCCCAACGCGCUGCGCGACCUCGUCGAGGUCGAGGGCUGGGCGUCGAAGCUGCUGGGCUCGAUCCAGCUGCCGGGCGGCAAGGCGAUCGACCUGGGCCGCAGCCCGAGCCCCUCGCCGCUGCUGCUGCAGCAGAGCGCGGCGCCGGCGCUGGCGCUGCCGUGGCGGCGCGCCAACGUGCGGCACACGAGCAACGAGCUGUACGCCGACGUCGUCGAGACGCUGAGCGUGACGCUCGCGCCCUCGGGCCGCCCCCUGUCCGCCUUCGCCCACGGCACCAUCGCCUUCACCAGCAAGGUCUCGGGCGUCCCGGACAUCACGAUGAGCCUGACCGCCCCGAGCGGCAAGCACAACCUCGCCGGCGUCAUGGAGCUGCCCGUCUUCCACCCGUGCGUGCGCCUCGCGCGCUGGAGGGAGCACCCCGGCGAGCUGAGCUUCAUACCGCCCGACGGGAGGUUCAUCCUGGCUGGGUAUGAGGUGGAUCUGUUGCCGUUCAGCAAUGGGAAGAGCGGCAGUCUGAGCGCGAAUAACCUGAAGCUGCCUGUAAACAUCGAGAUGAAGACAGGGCUGGGGUCGACGGGCUCAGAUUUCGAGGUCAGGGUAAAUGUGAACAAGAUUCUGGGUACCGGCGGAAGCUCUUCGUCCGGUGCGUAUGGGAGAGGAGGCAGUUCGGCCGGCAGGGGGUUCGGCGCUGGACCACACACUGGCACUCCUGGAGCCCCGGCUCUCGAGGACCUGACCAUCACGGUGCCGCUGCCCGAGAACGUCAGGAAUCUGCCUGAGAUCAGGCCGAGCAAGGGCGAUGCCACGUACAACCCUGGCGACAGGCACCUGGAAUGGCACAUCCCCACGAAGGAUCUGGCGGCUGGCACGACGUACUUUGGGCUACGAUGCACGGUCACCGGACCGUUGACGGGCGAGGAGGACGAGGGUGCUUCAGACCCCAACGGCUUCAGCUUUGGGAAGGAGUACGUCUACGAUGAGCCGUACCAGGCCGAGCCAGCGGCGGAUAAGUUGGACAAGGCGAAUACAGAAGCCAGCGGGGACGGCGCGGAUGUCAAGAGGGUGGCACAGAAUAAGAUCCUGAUGCCCAGCUCGGCGUCGGUCAGUUUUGCCGUCAAAGGGUGGCUACCAAGCGGAAUCAGGGUGGAGAGCAUAUUGAUAGAUACCAGGAAGAGCCGAGGGCUCGGGGAGGGCGUGAAGCCGUACAAGGGCGUCAAGUAUCUGACAGUCAGCAAGGGAGGCGUAGAAAUCAGGUGUUGA